AUGGCGGGAGUGACAGAUGAAACAUUUCAGAAUGUUGAAUACCACGAUUCUGCCAAUAAAUACUUUGGUGCACGAGCAUCACGCGUUGGACCAUACGGGGUUUGUUACUUAGAGAAUAUUUAUCAUCGGUGCGGAACACACCUGAGAGCAUACCAUGAUGAUGGUGACGGUGGUGCUUCUCUUCCUCGGAUCAAUGCUUACGCGGACAAGCUCCCGUUUGGAGGCGCCGGCUUCAUCACCGCCCCUUACGGCCCCUAUUGGCGCUUCGUGAAGAAACUCUGCGUGACCUCACUCCUCUCCGCGCGGCAACUGGAACGAUCUAAGAAGGUGAGAAAGGAAGAGAUAAAAGGUUCCGUGGGAAGGGUGCUGGAGAAUGCAAGAGAGAAGGGUGGUGCAAUCGAUUUGGGGUCUGAAUUCAUGAAACUCACCAACAGCUUACUUGCAGGAUGGCCAUGA